UGUUUCUUUCUUCCUCGGAUUGCCGCUUCUAGUUUCACCAUGUUCGCUACUCGCCACCUCGCUUCAUUGACCCGCUCCAUGUCCACCUUGUCGCGUGUUCACACCGCCAAGGCUCCCGCUGCCAUUGGUCCUUAUGCUCAAGCUAUCAAGACCAACGGUAUGGUGUAUACUUCGGGCCAGAUCCCUGUUGUCCCUGAAACUGGCAACGUCGUUGAAGGUGGUAUUACUGAGCAAACCCGUCAGAGCUUGACCAAUUUGUCCGAGGUCUUGAAGGAAGCCGGCUCCGACUUGAACAAGGUCGUCAAGACCACCGUCUUCUUGAAGGAUAUGAACGAUUUCGUCGCCAUGAACGAAGUCUACGCUUCGUUCUUCUCUGAGCACCAGCCUGCCCGCAGCGCUGUCCAAGUCGCUCGUUUGCCCAAGGAUGUUGCCGUGGAAAUUGAAUGCGUUGCCUUGACCGAUUAGACUAUUCCAUUGAUAGUACACAAUUCCCAUCACCAAAAGAAAAAAAGGAAAAAAAUUCUUUUAAAAAAAUAACCGCAAAAAGAAACUUUUAAAAUAAACCUUUUACGAGAAGAAAAAAUGCU